AUGGUUUUGAAGGGUGACCAGGAGGCAGCAGCUGCUCUGUCUGUGAGCGGGCGGUACUGCGAGACAGAGCCUCUCCUGGGCUCUACCUCCGCUCUCAUGUGGGCACCACUGGGGCAGGAGGAGCUGAGAUCCCAGGCAGGGGGGUUCAGGUGGCGGGCGUUGCGCUGCAGUCUGCUCACAGUCUUCUGGCUUGCCUGCCUGGCGAUGCUGGGCACAGCCACCACCAUCAUUGUUCAAACUCCACGUCCAGCGCUACCCCGCCUGCACUGGUGGCAGAAGGAUCUGUUCUACCAGCUCGAACCCUCUCUCUUUCUAGAUACCAACCAGGACGGUAUUGGAGACAUCAAUGGUAUCCGGGCUGGCCUGCCAUACUUGCUGUCUCUGAGGGUGGGGGCUCUGAUUCUGGGACCCCUCUUCUCAAGUCUCGGGGGAUCCGGAUCUCCACCCAACCUCACUCAAAUCAACCAGACCCUGGGAUCCAUUGAGGACUUUGAGGAGCUUAUUGCUCACAGCAACUCCCUGGGAAUCAGGAUCCUGCUGGAUCUCUGCAGUGUUGAGCCAUGGCACCCUGAAACCCUCAACAUCUCUAGUAAUCACACUCUGCCUGACCCAAACACCAGCCACCUGGGAACAGUGAAGAGUGCCCUGCAGUUUUGGUUGGAGCUGGGAGUGGCUGGAUUCAGGAUUUGUGACGCAGAAGCUGGUAGCUCAACGCAGGCCCUAGAGGAAUGGCAAGCGACGAUUAAAGUCUACAGCUCGAAGGAGGGCGAGAAUGAAAGGAUCCUGAUUGUCUCGUCCGAAUGGGAGGAUGGUGUUAUUGUGAAACGCUCCUUAGCCGAUCUCUUCACCCGCCCCCUGCUGCCUCCCUCGAGGGGAAACCUCUCCGCGCAGGAAGUGGCCGACGCAGUGGAGCAAGCGUUGUGCACACCGCCAGAGGCGUGGCCUAGCUGGACGCUAGGGGGUCCCAAGGUGGGCCACUUGGUCUCUCUGGUGGGUGAACUACAGCGCCUCUUCAGUGUCCUCACCUUCACUCUGCCCGGGGCACCGUUCCUUUACUACGGGGACGAGAUCGGCCUUCAUGAGCAGCAGAACAACUCUGUGACGGAGCUGCCUUCUAUGAGGUGGGGCUCAUACCAAAUCUCUGGGACUGUGCGACAUCCCACAGGAUCCCCCGGAGGGGCUGAGGCACAGAUUUCGGUCGAGGCUGAGCUGAAGGAGAAGCAUUCAAUUCUCAAGCUCUUCAAAUCUCUAAGCCAGGCCAGGGCUCUGGAAGUGGCCCUGCAGUGUGGGAAUUUCACUCUGCUUCCCUCCAUCACCACCACCCCCUCCCCAUUUCUGGCUUUUCUACGCUCCUGGGAGUGCAUCCACUUCCUCGUCCUGCUGAACUUUGGCCAGCAGGAGGCGGUGCUGACAGACCAUUUGACUCCCGGCCUGCCCACGCGGGGCACCAUAGUGGUCAGCUCCAGACUGGACCGCCAGGGAGCAGUGGCACUGGACACUCUGCGGUUGCAGCCAAGAGAGGCCUUAGUGGUUAAGUUUAUUGAUACUGGCUACAAUAGGUCCUAGCGCUCUUUCCACUACACAGAAUUUCACAAGGGCUGGAUUGAAAAUCCCUCUUUCAUUUAGGUUAAAGACUAAAACUUUUAGAAGCGUACCACAGUAAAAGCACAACACAGUGUAAUAAAGCAUAGUGAAUGCAUGGUAAAGCACAGGUAAUCAUUUUAAAAGAACAGAAGUAUGGUAAAGCAGAUUCAUAAAUGUAGCAAACCAGGGUGCACCAUUCACAAAAAAUUGUGCAGAAAUACAGUGGUACAUUUUAAUAAGCAAAGUAGAUUGAUAUGGCCUUUGAAUUGCGUAUUCCCUUAUUAUUUUAUGUUUGCAUUUUUUUAAAUCUCUAUAUCUGCCUUUGCUUGGCUUUGAGCUUGUCAGGAGACUCCUUUCAAUUAUUCUAGCAUAGAGGAAUAUAGAGGGUGGGGCUUGUAGAAUUGAAAGCUCACAUUGUUACUUGACUUGAAUGGAAUGAGGAAGAAUGUUGGUUUGGUGCUGGCAACGAUGGCAUGAUAUUUUAAGCCACUUCUUCGUCUAGUUUAACAUUGAAUAUAAAUCUGUCUUAAUCAAAAAUUUGAGAUAAGCAUAGCAGAUCUCACUGUAUUCAAUGUAAGAUUCACUAAAUUCAUUUUGAUUGCUCCUGAAGACAGUUGGUUUAUUGAAGUAUGAAAGACUGAUAUUUAAUGAUUUUUCGGGAGCAGUGGCAUUGUCACAUGACUAGUUUCACUAACAGAGAAUUACAUUAAAGUUUAUUAUAAGAAUCAAAAACCAAAAGGACAGCCUUCAUUUCAUUUACUUUCUAAAACGAUACAGCUGGGUGCAAAUGCAAACCAAGUCAUUAUCUUAUAUAUAUCAUU